ACGUGUCGUUUUGGUUAUUUUGAGUUUCCACAUCAUCCUGUGUUGUUGCGGCGGCAGAGUUGGUUGCAAGUACGCUUCAGCGGUGAAAGUACAUUGAAGAAGAACGCAUCUUCUUCGAUGAAAUGAAAUUCGUCAUUGCGAAGAAUCCCAUUAAUCUUCUCAACUCUCAGGGCUCGCUUGUUCUCUUUCGCGCCCCUUCAGUUGCUCGCAAUUCUCAUCACAGUUCGAGCGUGAAAUGGACACGCGGUUCCAACCCCCUCAGCUUCUCGUUUUCUUCCCUGAGAGCUUCGUGUGCUUCUUCCUCCAACGUCUACGGAGGUUGGGAAGAUCUCGGCAAUUCAGACGCGCCUGGUGAGUUCGACGCGUUGCGCAAUUUUCUCGUUUCUGUCGGGAUCGAUGAUAGGAAGAACGUUUUCGUGUUCCUUUUCGGCCUCGUUUGUGCGAUGGCGAUUUCUAGGGUUAAGGUUUCUUCUAUUGUGGUUCUCCCUGCUUCCGCGUUGGUUUUCGCCGUUGGUUUCGCGGUAGGGUUUUUCCGAAGCGGAACGUUCGGUGAGGUGAGGGCGAGUGCGAGUGCGAGUAAGAGGAGGGAAAAGGAGGAGAAUUCGAAGCUUUCUUCGGAGAAAUUGAGGAGUUUGAUGGAGUUUUUUGACGAGCUUGAUCUUGUGGUCAAUAACUUGAAGAGUGAUGUGCAAAGUGCUAUCAGCAAUAAUAAGAUUCGAGUGGAUGAUUUUUAUGGUUAUCUUGAAGUCACGGACAAGAUUAAAUUUUCGGCUAAGAAUGCUAGGAAUGUUGUUAGGGCUUUAAUUGAUAAUGAGGAAAACUCUGGUGGUGUUUUGGUUGAGAACCAUAAGAGUGGUAGAAGAAAGAAACAAGUUGGAGAAGGUGGCUACCAGAUGCUACAGUCUUUAAGCAGUUUGUUUGGGGAAAAUUUGUUUAGCUCCAAUUCCACCAAAGUAAGAGAAAAUGUUAAGCCAGAGGUAAUGGAUAGGACAUUGGAUCAAACUCGAGGAAAUGGUACUGUGCCACCAGUUGAAGACAGGGCUUUGAAUUUGUCUGAUGAUCACAAGGGAAAUCGGAAGCUGGAUUUGGAUCCUUCUCAAGACUCAUCUACGAACUCUGUUUUGGAUAUGGGAAAAGGUGAAAGAAUAAGAACUACUCCCGAGGGAGAAAAUAUUGGCUUAGGGGACAUUCAUAGAAGUGCUAAUAAAUUCUUUGACAGUAAAGAGUAUAGUUACCGGAACAAAGGAUUGAGGUUCACAAAUAAUCGCAGCUUCUCUUUGAAGAUGGAUUCCAGCAGCAUAACAGACAUGUGGGAAUCCCAUGUUGAUUCUGAAACCUUUAAAGUCAGAACAAAACACAUGGGAAGUGAGUCUUCUUUUUUGCAGGAGCAGCUGCUUAAUCGAGGUCAAGAGACUUUCAGGUCUUCUCAUGACAAGAGGGAGGGUGGAUCUGACAGGCCUCAGUAUAAAGAUGAUACGGUGAAUUACGAUGAUCAUCGCAAUCAUUCAGAUGAUUUGUCUGCAAAUGAGAAUGAUUUCAAUGCCCCUCCAUCUGCAAAAUUUUCAGAUGAUAUGAUGUUUGAUAGGUAUCUUGCUGAAGCAACAGACCUUCUUAAACAUGCAAAAGAGUUUAUAAAAGGUAGGCAGGGUGAAGAGCAAGCCGAAAUCAUGUUAUAUAGGUCCGCAAACUUACUAUCCAAAGCUGUCGACUUGAAGCCCAUGAGUUUGUUGGCUGUAGGCCAGUUAGGAAACACUUACCUUCUUCAUGGAGAAUUAAAGUUGAAGCUUAGUCGGGAAUUGAGAACUCUUCUUUCUGGGAGCAUCCAACCUUCAUCUGGAAAACACAAUAGAAUAUUGAAGGGACUGAGGAAUAAAAUCACUAGUAAGGAAGAAGUUGCACCCUUUCUUAUUGAUGUCUGUGAAGAGUGUGAAGAGCUACUUGUGAAGGCAGGCAGAAAGUAUAGGCUGGCAUUGUCAAUUGAUGCAAAUGAUAUGAGAGCUCUGUAUAAUUGGGGCCUUGCUCUUUCAUUCCGAGGCCAAUUGAUAGCAGAUAUUGGUCCGGGUGCUGCUUUUGAAGCUGAAAGAGUAUUCCUUGCUGCAAUUGACAAGUUCGAUGCAAUGCUAAUAAAAGGCAAUGUUUAUGCGCCAGAUGCUUUGUUCAGAUGGGGUGUAGCAUUGCAGCAACGAUCUCGCUUAAGGCCAGGAAGUAGUAAAGAAAAGGUGAAGUUACUGCAGCAGGCUAAAAGGUUAUAUGAAGAUGCCCUUCAUAUGGACUCCAAUAACAUGCAAGUUAAAGACGCCUUAUCCUCCUGUGUCGCUGAACUUAAUUAUCGACAGUUUUAGCCAAUUCAUGGAAACACUUACCCAGAAGAAUCAUUUUGCUUUCAAUCCCUUGUUCGCAUAUAUGUUAUAUCUGCCCUUGAUCCAGCACCAGCGGCAUGUAUAUUUGCAUAAGUGGUCUUCGACACAAAUGAGUUAUGGUCCUGUGUCAUCGUCUUUGUAUUGAUUCUCCCAUGAAUCAGAUAAAGACAGCACGUGUAAUAACAGUAAUAAUAAGUAUAAAUUGUAACCAAUUUUCCUUACAUUUUUCUAUCCUAAAAUUCCUGUCAACACAAUUACCAUGAAUUUUCAUUAUCGGUAUAGGAAACAAUUUUAUUUAUGCACAGUUGUGGAGGCACACAGUUUCCUACUUCCUUUCUUGUGAUACACACGUUCUGAUCAUUAUUCUUCUUAAUUUUGCAUGGGUCCUUGGCAUUCACAUCAACCAAACCCAGCUUGAAGCACUCUACCUUCUUGAGGAUUACUGUAUAGGUUCAACUACAAUCACUUUCAUUCAGUUGCAACUACUCAAUUAAUUUCUAGAUAUUAUGAUGUCAGGGAGAUUUCACUCAUGGGAAAGAUGAGGAUUCGUAUCAGAUCUUUAAUUUUCUGUCAACUUCUGAUGGCGUCCACCCGUUUUAUUUCACAGAAAAUGUAGGCUUUUAUUGUUCUAA